AUGUUAGCAGAGCUGCUAAAGGGGACCAAAUCAUUAGAGAAGGGUUUACAAGAAACUAACGCAUCGUUAGAGAAGAGUUUACAAGAAACAAGAGAAUCACUAAAGGAAGAUUUACAACAAACUAGAGAAGAGGGAAGAAUAUUCCGAGAAUUAUUAGAGAAAGGUCUCAGAGAAUCACUAGAGAAGGGUUUACAAGAAACUAACGCAUCGUUAGAGAAGAGUUCACAAGAAACAAGAGAAUCACUAAAGGAAGAUUUACAAGAGAUCAAAACAUCACAAAUGAAGAUGGAAUAUAAUUUGAAGAAGGAAAUGCAGGAGUUGCAAGAACGACUGAAGAUGGACAUCGACGAAAGAGAGAGGAAGCUACAGAAGAGCAUAGACCAAGUCCAGGGAGACGUGGAGAAGGUGGAAGGAAAGUUAACAAGAAAGAUAGAAGACGAUAUUGAAGAAACGAAAGCCGAAUUGGGAGAAAGAAUCAACGAAGUGGAAACAAGUUGCAAUCAUCGAAUCGCCGAGGUUGAUCUGGUUGAUGCCGAUUAA